GCCAGGCUCCUGUUUUCCCUCAGAUAAAACCAUGAGGCUGUGCGAACCGGUGCGGACACUCUCACAUUUUCCUCCAGAAAAAAGUCCCAUUCAUCCGGUGAUCCAGUAGUGCGUGGCCGCUCGACUGCCGCCCUCACGCCGCAUCAACAAGAUAGGGGCCGGCCGCGGAGAGGAGAAGGAGCCGGAGGCGGAGGAGAGACAUUAAGCGCGGUUUCCUUGCAUCAUGUUGGGCAGUCGGAGGAAAGCAGCCCCGGUGGUGAAGAACGGAGCCGGGACGUCCGACACAAAGACCACGGAUCCUCUGAGGAACCUGGGAGUGCAUGAUGAUGAAGAUGUGAAGCUGAUGAUGCAAGGCUCCAGUAUGGUGAAGGUCCGCUCGCCGCGCUGGCAGAAGAGACGGACUCUGAAGCUGCUGGACGACGGCGUCACUGUCUGGUGUCAGUCAAACAAAACCUCCAGCCGGGCCAAGGAGCAGCAGUCCUUCUCUGUAACAGAGGUGGAGUGUGUUCGGGAGGGUUGCCUGUCGGAGACGUUGCGGCGGGUGGCUGGCUCCGUGCCCGAGGACCGCUGUUUGACCGUGAUCUUCAAAGGUCCUCGCAAGAGCCUGGACCUUCUGUGCCAGAGCCAGGAGGAGGCGCAGCGCUGGGCCCGUGGCAUACGAACCCUGAAGGAGAGGACUGAGAACAUGAGUCAGACGGAGAAGCUCGACCACUGGAUCCAUGCUUACCUGAGACGGGCCGACCAGAACCACGACGGCAAGAUGAGCUACGAGGAGGUGCAGACGCUGCUGCAGAUGAUUAAUAUUGACCUGAGUGAACAGUACGCCCGCAGCCUUUUCCAGAAAUGUGACCGCUCGGCUGAUGGUCGUCUAGACCACGGGGAGAUUGAGGUUUUCUGCCGGGAGCUGCUGCGGAGGCCGGAGCUGGACGCUGUGUUCAUCCGCUACUCCACCAAUAGCUGUGUCCUGUCCACCGAGGACCUGAGGGAUUUCCUGGUGGACCAGGGAGAGGACGCGUCGCUGGUCCACGCCCAGAGCCUCAUACUCACCUACGAGCUCAACGAGUGGGCCCAGAGGAACCAGUUCAUGACACCAAAUGGUUUCACCAUGUACAUGCUGUCGAAGGAGAACACUGUGUUUAACCCAGAACAUGGCAGAGUUUACCAGGACAUGAACCAGCCGCUGUCCCACUACUUCAUCUCCUCCUCCCACAACACCUACCUCACCAAGGACCAAAUAACUGGGGACAGCAGCACCGAGCCGUACAUCCGGGCUCUGAAUCAUGGCUGUCGCUGUGUGGAGCUGGACUGCUGGGAUGGAGAUAAAGGAGAGCCGGUCAUUUACCAUGGACACACUCUCACCUCCAAAGUGCCCUUCAUUGAAGUCAUUGAGACUAUCAAUGAGUAUGCCUUCAAGGUGUCUCCCUACCCUCUGAUCCUGUCUUUGGAGAACCACUGCUCCGUGGAGCAGCAGACAGUCUUAGCCCGACAUCUGCGCUCUAUCCUGGGAAACAAGCUGCUCACCAAGCCCCUCAAUGGCCUGGAUCCUCGCUGCCUGCCUUCUCCAGAGGCUCUGAAGGGGAAGAUCUUGGUGAAGGGGAAGAAGCAGCAUGUUGUGGAGGGGAGCUCGUCCAGCUCCUCAGACCUCAGCUCCUCUGACGAGGAGGCCAGCAAGGCCGACAGCAAACCCAGGAAAAAGAAAGAGGACAAGAAGCCGGUGGUGUCUAAGCUGAGUCCGGAGCUGUCCGAGCUGGUGGUGUACACCCGCAGCGUUCCCUUUAAAGGCUUCGAUCACGCCGCCAAGAAGCCGGCCACAGACCUGUCCUCCCUCUCUGAGAGCGAGGCCCUCAGGCACGUCAAAGAGUCAGGGAAGUAUUUUGUACGUCACAACAGCCACCAGCUGAGCAGGAUCUACCCCUCGGCCCAGCGCCUCCAGUCCUCCAACUACAACCCUCAGGACAUGUGGAACGCAGGGUGUCAAAUCGUGGCGCUGAACUUCCAGACACCUGGUGAGCAGAUGGACCUAAACCAAGGGAGGUUCUUGCAAAAUGGCAUGUGUGGUUACAUCCUGAAGCCUCCCUUCAUGUGCCAACCUGACACCACCUUCAACCCCGAGAACGUUGGUGGAGGCCCCGGCCACAAGCCCGUCCUGUUCACUGUUCGGAUAAUUUCAGCUCAGCAGCUGCCUAAACCAGAAUGGGAGAAGCCCAGCUCCAUUGUGGACCCUCAGGUGUGGGUGGAGAUCCACGGUGUUCCCAUAGACAACAACAAGAAGAAGACCCAUCGCAUUGACAACAAUGGCUUUAACCCACGGUGGGAUUGCACCUUUAACUUCACCAUCCAUGUCCCUGACCUGGCUCUGGUUCGCUUCAUGGUGGAGGACCACGACUACACCUCCAGCAACGACUUCCUAGGACAAUGCACCCUACCUGUCACUAGCCUACGCACAGGCUAUCGUCAUGUCCGCCUGUGCAAGGUCGAUGGCUCCAGCCUUUCUCCCGCCUCGCUCUUCAUCCACAUCAAGGUCACUCCAUGUCACAGCAGUCCCUCCAAGACCCCCGAGAAAUCACCCACCAAAUCACCGGCAAAAUCACCGGCAAAAUCACCGGAAAAAUCACCGGAAAAAUCACCGGGCAAGUCUGCAGCCAAGAAGCUCUAGCCCCGUCUCUACUAUCCACUGCUGAACAAAAAGGAACAUCCCACGGGGGGACGUGUGGUGGACUCACUCAAGCUCCCAAAAUCUGGGCCUUUUGCAUGAAACUCAACAGUAACAUCAUUGUCUUACAUCAGAUAUGCAGCCCUCUAAUCUCAGUUUAUUGACGAACUUACCAUGGCUAUGAUUAGCAUAUCAGAACCACAUUACUCUGCUUAACUCAGAGCCAAGAGAAUCGCCAGUUUCAUGAAGCAUUACAUAUUUAGCAGCAGUGCCGUCCCUAGACAUUUAGGGGCCCUUGGUGAAACGUCAUUUGGGGGCCCGUGCAUUUGUCACCGUCGGAACAAAAUUCGGUUCUUUUUAUUUUUCAUGUUUUUGGGGGAUUUUGUUUUUGGUAAGUUUGUGGUGAUUUUUCUUGUAACAUAAUUUUUUGUUAUAGUUUAAGUUUUUGUGCUAAUUUACAGGUCAUUUUAUUAUAUUUUUUCUUUUUUCUUUUUCUUUUUUCUUUCUUUCUUU